AUGUUUAAUCGGGUAUCUGGACUACUUGAUCAUUUAGCCAAACAUAAAAAUGAUCGUCAAAGAUUUACUUGCCAAGAAUGUGGAAAAGUGUUGGCAAACAGACUUUCAUUCACAAUUCAUCAACGAACUCAUACUGGUGAAAAACCUCAUGCAUGCAAAUUUUGUGACAGAACAUUUUCACAGAUUUCAUCAAAACAAUAUCAUGAACGAACUCAUACAGGAGAGACAACUCAUCACUGUGAAUUUUGUGGCAAAGGAUUCAAUUCGAAAUUGACCCGUGACACACAUAGGCGUAUUCAUACAGGUGAACGUCCAUUUGGAUGUCCGAUGUGUAGUGCUACAUUUCGUUGUUUAGCAAAUUUACGCCAGCAUCAAAUGGUCCAUGAACCAGUGAAGCCAUUCCAGUGUGAGAUCUGCUUCAAGCGCUUUGGGAGACCUGAAAAAGUGCGAGUUCACAUGCGUACACACACAGGUGAAAGACCAUACAAAUGUCCAAUCUGUGGACGUGGUUUCACACAAAAGAAUGACAUGCUCAAGCACACUAAUGUCCAUAAUAAGCCGCCACGACGGACCAAUUCACAAAUAAAAAAUUCCGAUUUAGUAAUUUCUGUUAAUAAUAAAUCUCAACAGUAUAAAAAUGUAUGUAUAAAUGAACUACAGGAAAUGUGUUAUGAUGUCUCCAACAGUUAUGAAAGUUCAGAAAACGGAAACGAAACAGAAAGUAGUUCAAUGCUUUAA